GCAGCACAAGGAGGUGCAGCAGAAGAUGCGGGCGUUCCAGCGAAUCCUCCAUUUCAUGGGAUGAGCUAUGGGUUUGGAGGAAGUGGGCCAGCUGGACCUCCUGGUGGAGGAAAUUUCGGACUUGGAGCUGCGUUUGCGGGUGGUGUGGGUGCCGGGAAUCUCUCUGGGGCAGCGUCAAAACUGGCCGCGAAAGUUCAGGCACUCGAGAAUAAAUGUCGCUCUAUCGAUGAGGAUGCGCGAAAACUGCUCAAGGGUUUAACGGAGAUGAAGAGAGCUAACUUAGUGCCUGCGGGAGCACAUGGUGGAGGUGCGACAAGUGCGAGCUCACCAAAUUUAAGGCUACCCUAAAAGUGUCGGAGACAGCUCGAAGUGGCUUGAAGGUGUGCCACUUCCCGACUUGGCGGCUUAAUGUGAGUCAAUCGGUGCACUUGAUCAAUUGAACAACGAGCCAAAGAGCUCGAAAGCCUUAGCAUCUUGAUGGUUCGCCGCAUUUACCUCACGGCUACACUAAAAGAAAAGCCAUCAGCCCAAUACAUAGACAUCUUGGGAGAUUGAUUCGUCUCAAUAAAAAAUCGAAAUCGCGAUGCUCUACUAUGCAAUAGCCGUAUCUUAUUUCUAACAAACACAGCAUCUCCGAGUGGAGGCGUGCCACCUGUAUUGGUCAUACCUGCUACUGGAAACAACAUUGACGGUCGUAGUGGAAGCCCGACCUCUGACCACGUGAACAGGCCGCCAUCACCUAACGGGUCUGGUGCGAGCAAUGUGGGAGCCAUAAAGAUCGGCAAUCAACACUAUCAGGCAGUUUCUUGAAGUUGUAGUAGGCAAUAAUCAUGUGAUUUUUACAUUUACAAUUUUUACAACUCACGAGCAGAUGUGGCAGAUGACUGCAAGUAGUUGUCGCUUCUAGUAGUUGUAUUUUUGUCUUUGUUAGCGAGGAAACUCAAAUAAGGCGCGAAAAAUAGAGAUUAAGAUUAACAUUGCGCAGAGUGUCAGUAACUAGAACUUCCGAUUUAUCAUUUGAAGAUGAACAACUUUGAAAUAGGGCUUCUUCAUCCUCAGAAGUUGCUUUCUUCCCUUUCUAACCUUAGAUAACAUUCAAAGAUCAUGAUGCUUCUCACGACGAUAUCUUGCAAGAAAUAGACUUAAAAAUAGACUUGUGGUGAAUCCUGAUGAACUGGGCUUUUUCCAGCAAUUGUGAACCUUUUUUGACAGAGUUUCAUUCAGCACUCAGCACUGGAAGCAGUUAGCUUGCAUUGAUUUUGAUUUUCGUUAGCAUGUAAGAGCUUUGCUGGUGCAAGUUGUAGUUUAUUCUGUCCUGGUCCUCCUGCUGCCAGUAGUUUGCCUUUGUGGUAUAAUAUUACGGAGCCUGUAGUUGUUGCAUUUUGUGAAUAAGUACUUAGUGUAGAAGUACUAGUAGUUGCUAGAAGCGCUAGCAGUAGUGCAUUUUUGUGAUAGCGCAAGACAAGUGUACGUAGGAGUGUGAUCUGCACUCCGAAAACAUGCAUUGAUUUUGCUUUUGAUUUUUGCAAGCAUUGCAACUUACUACAAAGACUAAGUAGAUUUCUGCUCAGACAAGAUGAAGAAG